UGUGAUCCAAAUAAUAGGAGAUGGCCAGAUGCAGAAGUGCAAGCUCUGAUAAUGCUUCGAAGCACUUUGGAAGACAAAUUUCACGUCUCGGGCUCAAAGUGCUCCAUAUGGGAUGAGAUAUCCGUCGGGAUGUACAAUAUGGGUUACUGCCGAAGUGCAAAGAAGUGUAAAGAGAAAUGGGAAAAUAUCAAUAAAUACUUCAGAAAGUCGAUGGUAAGCAGCAAGAAGCAUAAAGAAAACAGAAAUAGAUGCGCAUAUUUUAAUGAUUUGCAUGUGCUGUACAAGAAUGGAUUCACUAGUCAAGUGAACCAUUUGAACUGUACCAAAGUUGAAAACGCGGACAAUGGUGAAAGCUUGAAAGGGAUCUUGAAAGCAGAAAAUGUUGAGGCAAACUAGGACUGGUUUUUAAAAAGG